AUGAGUGAUACUGCCGUUGGCUUUCCGAAAUGGAGUGGGUCCUGCCGUCGCAGGGACUACAAUACCCGAGAUGCUCCGCGGCCAAGAGCAGCAACUUCCGGCAACGCCACACGCUGGUCCCUCUUCAGGCUGAAUUUAAAGGAGCCGUCGGAGUCACUUCCGGUUGUAGGCGGGGUCAACUCCGUCCCCUUCGCCCUUCAAGAUGGCGGCCGGCGGCUUGCUGGGCGGCCCUUGGAGGCGGUGGGCGCUGACGGCCCUCGGCCAACCCCGGAGGGCUUUGUGGGAAAAGAAAGAGAGCCACCUGUGAUGGAAACAGCAGAAGAGGUAAAGGAAGAGCCCGUCCUGGCAUGCCCCCCGCCUCCGAGCCGCAAGUACCUCCCCCCCGAGGAUCUCGAGAGUCGUCUUGAGUCUCUUGUUAAGGAAGUUUUUGGGGCAUCCCUUCCCGCAGACUGGCGAAAAACGACACUGGAAAAGAGUCAACUGAAGUUUCAUCUGCUAGCCCAGCUAGCUGAAGAAUUGGGCCACCCGGUCCCCAACUCCAGGCUUCACCAGAUGAACAGCGCCCAGGACGUUCUCGCUUUCUAUAGCAUCCCUGUCCAGGACCAAUCGAAGUUUGAUGAGCUUUGUUCCAGUGAGCUCCCUGCCAACCUGAAAAUCACUUGGGAAUACUGAGCUGCCUAGAGGAAUUGGCACCUUCCCCAAAAGUUUUUUGGCAAAAGAUCCACCCCCAAGUGUGUAUUUAAAUAUGCUGUUUUUUCUAAAAUGAGGUGACUUUUCUUUGGACACCAGGUUGUCUUGGUCCCAUUGGGUAGUGCUAAAUCUGAAGCAAUGCCAAUUGUAUAUAAUGGAUUAGCAAGUACAAAGUGCAGGCUGAGCAAGGUUGUCUUUAGAUUUGAGAAGUAAUGAAAAAAAGGCAAAUAAAAUUGUAAUCCUUAGAAAAUGACAAUGUAGUUCAUUCAUUUCUUCCAGGAUUUGGCGAAAGGGAUUGAAAUUCAAUUCCGGAUUUGUUUCUCUGGCAGUCAAAUGAUCAGAAUCCUGAAAUGUUUGUUUUUUUUUAAAAUAAAUUCACUAUGAAAUAAAACAAAUCACCAAGAGAAUUUAACAUG